CAUCUACUUGAUCCUUGGUCCAUUUGAUCCCUUUUGACCAGUGACCACCCGCCUGCAAGAUGUCUUAUCAAUGCAAGCAACGCUGCCUCCCGCCCCCCAUAUGGGUAAAAGGGAACUCCAUCAAGUGCGCUGAAGUGUGCGCCCCAAUCAGCAAAUCCCCUUGCAAAAGCGUCUGCUCCUCAGACCCCUGCGGAAGCUCAUGCACCACUGCGAAGGAUUUGUGCGGCGCCCCAUGCCAACCAGUGUGUUGCGACCCAUGUGUGAAGGUUGAGAAGUGCCCGGAUCCAUGCUGUGCAAAGGCAGAGCCAGUGAUAUGCAAAAGCCCGUGCGUCAGUGUCUGUCCCGCGCCGUGCUCGCCGGAGCCGGUGAAAUGCAAGAGCCCGUGCGCCAGUGUUUGUGACGCCACAUGCGAGGAGGCGGCUUGCGGCUGCCAAGGCCAGUCUGGUGUCUGCCAACCCCAGUCGUGCUUCCCUUUCUGCGUAGCGCCUUGCCAGGGCCAGUCUUGCCUGCCUUUUUGCGGCAACCCUUGCCAGGGGCAAUCUUACAUCCCAGUCUAUAUCCCGGGCUGUGGCGUUGUUUUGGUGCCACAAAGCUGUUGCCUGAAUCCAUGCGCCAGCUCCUGCCCAUGUUGCCAACCUCCCUGCUGUUGUCCGGUGCCUUCCUGUUGCAACCCAUCCUGCUGUUCCCAGCCUGCUUCCUGUGCCAAAUGCUCUUGCGGUUCUUGUCCCAAGAAACAGAGUUCCUAAUGCUCCGGAAAUCGUGAUUUCGUAUCGUCGCAGUUCGAUGCGACUUUAAUUCCCCUUUGACUGCCUUCUCCAUCUGUUCCUGAGAUUUGCAGCUUCACAAGAGGUUGUGCAUUCCCUUCCAAGCACUCAUAUCCAGGGAACGUAACCGAGAAUCUCAGCAUCCCACCUCAAACUAGAAACGUCACAAUUCCAUCGGCUGGAGUGACGACAAUCAGAUGGAUAUAGAAUUGCUAUAACUGGUCAGUAUAGAUACAGUGUUCCCUCACUUAUCGCUGGGGUUAGGUUCCAGGAAAUCCACGAAGUAGGGACGCUAUAUUUAUUUUAAUAUUUAUACAUUAUUUUAGUAGUUAUACACUAUUUUGUCUUUAUCAACCAAUCGUGUGUUGAUAAAUCGCCUCCUUCUCCUCCCGUUGCCUCUUGGGCUUCUUUUCUCUCCCUUCCGCUUCUCCUUCCUCCCUUCCUUAGGCUGUAAAUUGUAAUUUUUUUAAUGAUUUAUAAUAGUCUUUUAGAGUUUAUUGAAAGACGAUGAAACAGCAAAUCCGCGAAAAGUGAACCAAAAUUACAAAAUUGUAAUUUUUUAAAUGAUUUAUAAUAAUCUUUUAGAGUUUAUUGAAAAACCAUGAAACAGCGAAUCCGCGCAAAGUGAACCGCAAAGUAGUGAGGGAACACUGUACACCUCGGCUUGAGUUGUAGAGAAUGAAGAGGUGAUAAGUCCACGUAUAAUCCACAUAUUCUUCUUUGCACUAAUAUAUUCUCCUGCAGCAUCUCUUUGCUUGCUUUCAGCCUUGGCCGUGCGAUGUCUUCCUGUUUUUAAGGACUCACAAAUAACAUCCACACUACGAAGUUCUAGCGUUUUGACAUGACUAUAGAUUUUAGGGAUCCUGGAAUCUGUAGUUUCAUGAGAUACUUAGGUUGGAUCUACAUUUUAGAUGUCACCCAUUCAAUAUUGAUGUCUUGUAAGAGAAUUGCAGACAUUUCAAAGGAACCGAGCGAACUGGGAUAGACAAGUGAGCCCAACGGGAUUUCUACGAUUGUGAUAUUCCGGCCACAAAUUUCACUCCUUUUUCCCCCAAUUUGAUCUUGAAAUCUCAAUGCUUUCACUUCAUUGCUACCUCUUGCUUUGUAAUUUUGGAAGGGGCCACAAUUUUCAUCCAAUACUCUAACAUGUUGGUUGUCUAUGGAUAUCCAGCAUGGAAGAGAGAGAAACUAUCAAUGCAAUUGCAUGUUAAAUGAAUUAAAUUCUCCAGCCUUUUAGCUCCCCUAAACGAAUACAAAUGACAUUGCAUGCCCGCCAUUAAACUCCCACCUAGGACUCCUAAAUUUAAUAUCUAAAUGCUAAUGGAUGCCAAUGGUAAAAGACAACGGGUCCUCAGAUUAUAAAAUAUUGGAAUCAAACACUAUUGACUAUCGAACUGAAGAUGGCCAUGAAGCAAAUAUGCCAAUUAAUACAAUAAAAUACUAUAAUAACAGAAAAUAACUAAAAAUAAUACAAGAAAAUAAUAAAAUAUAAUAAACAAAAAGAUAAGUUACAAUAAAAUUAAUUUAAAAAUACAAAUAACGUCAAAUAAAAAUUCCACAACAAUUUUUAACCAAUACCACCACCACUUUGCCACAGCAACGCGUGGCCGGGCACAGCUGUCCCCAUUGGGUUGCUUUUAAUUACUCUGAUUUUAUCUGCUUGGAUUUUAAUGUAUUUGUCCAUGAUUUUAUUUUGUGUAUUGUUGGAAUGUUUUAAGUUUAUGUUAAAUAUGUUGUUGAGUCCCUUCGGGGAGAUCGGGUGGGAUAUAAAAUAAAGUUUAUUAUUAUUAUUAUUACAGCUAGUUCAAAUACAAAGUAGAUGUCAGGCAGGGCUGUAAAAACCCAAACUUUUACAGUUUUUAAAAAAACUGGUUUACUCAUGAAUUUUAAUUGAUUAACCAAAUCCCCAUGAGUGUCCAUUGAAGUUUAUCGACUGAGCCCGAUUUCUAAAUUAUUUUGUACUAUGGAACUACUCUUCAUGAUUCACUGAAAAAAGUUUCAACUCCCCCCC